AUGUCCGAUUCAUCAGCUAUCCCAACCUACACGUCCGCGCCUCUGAAUCCAAACAAAAAAGACCAAGAAACCACAGCCGCAAACCCUCAACCCGAACCCGCCACCGCAAUCGAGUCCUCCAUCACCACAGCUCCCCAACCACAAACCACCUCAGCAACAGCAACCGCACCCUCCAACCCCCCAACAUACGCAACAGCCUCAAAUCCUCCCCCACCCCAGCCCGCCGCCGCACCAACCCUCCCAACUCCAACAGCAGCUCCUCACCAAAACCCCCAACUAGGCACUACCAUCGCCCCAACACCAACAACCACUCUCCCCUCCACAACCUCGCAAUCACCCCCAGCCCCACAACCAGGCGCCGUGCCCACUGCCCCAGGUGCAGGAACAUGGCCAGGAGCAGGACCCACACCGUCUGCUCCCUCGCCCGUCCCACCACCCCCCAAAGCAGGCGAGGCCAUCCCGCCAUCCCUGCACUCUGCGCCCGCACCCACGGGCACCGGUGCCGCGCAGGCCCAAACCCCCUUCACGCAAUCAUACUCCUACCAGCGGCAUCCGUCGGGCUCGCACAAUGCUAUUCCCAACGCGACUACGGCCUCGUACGCGGACGUGUACCAGAGCUCGUCUGAUGGGGGCGCGUCGCGGUCUCAGGGCUUGCCUACGCACUACGGUGGCGGGGGCGGGGGCGGAGCGGAUAAUAUAUUCCCUGAAGAUGACGAGCCUGGGUUUAUGAAUGUGGCGAAGGGGUGGAUGCAGAGUGCCGGUGAGAAGUUGGCGGAGGUGGAGAAGGAGGUUUGGAAGCGGAUUAAUGAUGCCCAUGAGAAAUGA